GGACUUUAAGAGUAAGAACAUAAUGCUGAGUUCGGACCUCUCGGCGGUAAUCGGAGAUUUCGGCCUCGCCGUUCGUUUCGAGGCCGGUGAACCUCCGGGAGACACACACGGACAGGUGGGCACCAGGCGCUACAUGGCUCCGGAGGUUUUAGAGGGAGCAAUAAACUUCCAGAGAGACGCCUUCCUGAGGAUCGACAUGUACGCCGUGGGUCUGAUUCUCUGGGAGCUGGUGUCCCGCUGCAAGGCCGUGGACGGUCCGGUGGGAGAGUACCUGCUUCCCUUUGAGGAAGAGGCGGGGCAGCAUCCGUCUCUGGAGGACCUUCAGGACGUGGUCGUCCACAAGAAGCUGAGGCCGGCUCUGAAGGAGCUCUGGCUCAAACACAGCGGAUUGGCUCAGAUCUGCGAAACGGCGGAGGAAUGCUGGGACCACGACGCCGAGGCUCGUCUUUCCGCAGGUUGCGUCGAGGAGAGAAUUUCAUCGAUUCGCCGCCUGAAGGCUAACAUCGUGACGCCGCCAACCUCCGACCUCAACGCCCUUUUGGUGACCUCACUUCCUCCUUCCAUGGUGACCAAUGUGGACCCCCCCCCCAAAGAGUCCAGCAUCUGAGGAGAGCUCUACUUCCUGUGAACACACACACACACACACACACACACACACACACACAGAGAUGGCAAAAGUACACGCAUUUACUCAAGUAGAAGUACAGACACCAGAAACAUGAAGUACAGUAAUGAAGUAUUUGUACUGCACUAUCGUCCACACACACACACACACACACACACACACACACACACACACACACACACACUUUUCUCAGUGGAAAGCAGCUGCUAUUUAAACUCUGGACUUUUCUUUUUCCUUGUCCUUUUUUGGGGACGAAUCUUACCAGCGCACACGUCCUCGUUUCUACUCGUCAUUUUAUUCUUAUUUUUUUAAACCAAACCCACGGAAACAGCAUCCAGGUCCGACUCAGUGAAUGCUCUUUAUCUCAGAAGUACCUCAGCGACGACUUUUCUUUACUUUCGCAGAUUUCUACCGUUUUUUCCUUCAUCUUCUAACACUGGAUUUAUCUACCAUUGACUUACCGUUUUUUACUACGAUGCUGCAGAAGACUGUUACGCAACAGAUUACAGACUCUCCACAUUUUGGGUUUUUCUACAUCUUUCUUGGAUUUUAUUUUCCCAAACGCUUCGAUUCACACGCAACAAACCUUCGGAUCCAACGGGUUGCAAAACAAACAGGAAGUGAAGUCAGAGGGGAGGAAACAGGCGGAGGAAAACAACACCCAGUUUGUUUUUAACGGUUUCCUCUCGUCUUCGUGUUCAGAUUCGAGGUUAAAGACUGAGCUUUUUCAGGAAGUAAACGUUUCAAAUGGCGGGAUUUGAUUGGCCGACGGCGAAAAGCCACAGCGUUUGGUUGGUUUGGAAAAGGAACUUCUCAGGUAACCUACAAGAAGGAGGGGUCAGGGGGACAAUUUAAAACGUGACACGAAGAACGUUUUCCCCGUUGGGAAGAGCCGUGGCCAACAGGAAGUGAGAGGGGCUUAUCUGAGGGCGCUCAAAGCCUAUUGGCUGUCCUGAAUAUGUAAAUUAGCAAAGGUGCCCAAACAAGGGGAAAAGUGUUUUCCCUUUAAAACGGUGCAAGACCUCGAGAUGUACAGAGGUGUGUGUGUGUGUGUGUGUGUGUGUGUGUGUGUGUGUGUGUGUGUGUGUGUGUGUGUGUGUGUGUGUGUGUGUGUGUGUGUGUGUGUGUGUGUGUGUGUGUGUGUGUGUGUGUGUGUGUGUGUGUGUGUGUGGUACAAUGUGAACACAGUCACACAAAGUGACUAUUUUUAUUUAGAUUUUAUACUGUCCGUGCUGAUUGAUUUAUUGUGUCUUACACCUUUGACCUCCUCCAACAUCGCCCCCUUGUGGUUGAGCUGCACCACUGCAGGAAUCUGGUUGUUUACAUGCAGAAAAUAUCCAAUUUGUACUUAUUCUGACAAUUACAAUAUUAUUUUUAAGCUGUUUCACGUCUUAAAAUAAUAAGCAUUCUCCAACUGUGCAUACUCUGACUUUAAGUCUUAGGAACUACUUUUAAAUGAACUAAAAUGAUGAAACUAAUACCUAUAAACAUUAGGAAAACUAGUCCAAUUAAGUAUGACUUCGACGUCUAUUUAAAAUUGUUUUUGUAUACAUCUACUGCGACUGCAAGACAUUUCCUACUUGGUGUCAUUUGGAUAAACUGACCACAAAUUGUGAAUCUAAAAGUGUCCUCAUGCAGUGCGUCUAAACUCUGCUGUAAACACCAGUUUAAACAAUGAAGACACCGUGGAGGUAAGAUUCCCUGUUUACUGUCACACCUCAUUAACAUGUCAAUAAAGACAAUACAUACAUAUUCCUGAAUAAACACUGCAUUGCACACAAACUCACAUGUCUUGCAGAAGUAGCUAACAGGGCUUCUAGCAUUAUUACAGUGUUAAUAAAUCCUAAUAUAUGAUCUUAAACAUGUCAUAUUUCAAAUGAAUGAACGUCCCCUAAAGUCCUAAAACAUCACGAAAACGGACAAAUAAAAUGUCCAUUAAGAUUCUGACUAGAAUUAAGAGCAAACUAAUUAUCUAAAGAAGAAAUGCAUUGAAGGCACAUCGUCACUUUCUGGUCUUUAAAAAGUAUCACUUUUAGCCGGGCUUAAUGCCGUUCACGUGAGCCGUAACUUAUUCCAGAUACACGCGAUCAAUUCUGAAUAAACAUGGAGUGUUGGUGUGCAGAUAAAAAGGUUUGUGUCUGAACACGGGAUUGUUCAGCGCCUGUCAACAUAGGAUUUGGUGGAGGUCAACGGUCAUCUCUUGUUCUUUUUGUAUUUCCAUAAACCGGGACCAAAGCCGCUGCCGGCCGCUCAGAGUCCGGUUCAGAACCGACCCGCGUCAUCACUGUCAAUAACGGACUGGAAACAAAAACAUGUGUUUGUUUGUUUCUGUGAUGUCAUACGUGUAAACAGUGAAUGUCUACGAUGCUGCUGCUGCUGAUGAUGAUGAAGAUGAUGAAGAUGAAUAUAUUUCUGUGUUUUCCUUUUUUUUAUUGUUAACUUGAACUCAACGCUCUGUAUGGAGUCAGGGACGUCGAGAGGAGGCGUUCGAGGAGCGUGGGGCGUGUCGGCGCUCAGAGAGAAUAGACAGAGCCGCAUCUUCUCAUGAACCACAGAUCACCUCAAACACCACGAAUACCUCAGAAGACUUUUCUACGUUCCGUUUCUAUAUUUUAUUGUGAGCUUUUUAUCCGUUUUUCUUUUAUACAUAAACAUCUCCAAACUGAUUGAAGAAAAGCGACAGCGAGACUCGAACCACCGACUUAAAUAAAGUGUUUGUUUUUUAGACUGAACUGAACUGAACUGAACUGAACUGAACUGAACUGAACUGAACUGAACUGAACUGAACUGAACUGAACUGAACUGAACUGAACUGAACUGAACUGAACUGAACUGAACUGAACUGAACUGCCGAAAUCAUAAAAGCACCUGGACUU